UCUCGCACCUCAGUCCCGCUGACAGUCCGUCCGCGCGCACACGCUCAGCGUGACAGGAGCCCACGGAGCGUCAGACCGGCCCCUUGUUCUUUUGGACUUUGCAUUUCUCACGUCGCGGGUUCGUCGACGACGUCCAAAAUAACCUAUAUUUUUUUUUAAGAGCAGCAAGUGAACAGCUAAUUGAAGUCUCUUCGGUCAACCUGCGGCAGCGCGUCCGACGCCGCGUGCACCGCCUUCCUCUACCGGGUCCACGUCGCGGUGCGUGGAAGUUCCACGUGGAGGUUUCGGGCAUCAAGGAGGAUUGUAAGAAGGACACGAGAAACCUCCAAAAGGAAGGUAAAGCAGCCGUAUGAAUGGAGCCCCGUCUGACUGCUGAUCUGAGGGCUGCACUCGUCUUCUUCAUCCUCCUCCUCUCUGCGGGCUCAAGUGACAAUGAUCUAGACCUGAGUUUUUGUGGGACGUGGCGCCAUGACAGCGGCGCCCUGAGCCUGAACGUCAACCUCUCCACGGGCUGCAGUGAGAUCUCCAUCUCAGCGGGGCGCAGCUCCCUGUCCAUCGACGGGCAGAUCACGGCUCAGUGCAGCCGGUCCGAAGUGAUUCCCCUCAAGCAGCUGGGCCUCGACUCCAAGGAGGACACUCCGUUCUGUCUGUACUGGGAGCCACUGCUGGACCUGUUGAAGCUGCAGGUGGGAGGGAAGAACCUGAGUCUGUGCUGGCCCAGCAGCGUGCAGGGCCACUGCUGCACCGAUCUGUCACACGGCCCCAACGCACCUGAGGCAAUCUACGGCAUCAUUAAUGGAAAAAUCAAGACCGAUUUGAUCACACACAAAACACUGGAAGCAUACAAGUUCAUUGCAGCUUCCACGGACUGCAAAGCAUUAUGUGACCAACAGAUCCAGGGAUCCACCCAAGUCAACGUGGACCCGGCUGUAGGGAAUGUGCAGCAUCCGUGUGCUCACAGCUCUGAGGUGGACAUGAAGGAGGGUUUCAGAGGCCGUAACGUCACAGCGCCUGCCACUAAAGGUAGACCCGCAGAGUCCAGUACCACGGUCCACCUGCCCCCUGCUCUGAAGACAGCUGCCAAAGAGACCAGCAAGGUCAACUGCACUUUCUUCAACAAGAUCUCCCUGUUCCAGGAGAGUCACAAGGGGAAUAGGCUUUUCAACGAUGUGGUGGGAAUCACUGUGGAGAAUGAGGUCAUCGCUAAUCUGCCUGAGCCAAUCAGGAUUGACUUUCACCACGAUGUCAUACCUCAACACCAUUCAAAGAAAUGUGUGUCCUGGGACACCAGGAAAGAUCCAUUGCUGGUGAAUUGGUUGGUCGACGGAUGUGAGACGCGAGAGAAAGGAGCGAAACACACCGAGUGCCUCUGCAACCAUCUGACUUACUUCUCUGUGCUGGUGCAAAUGGAGCCUCGCCCAGUGCGCCACCUCCUGGCCCUCACCACCAUUACAUCUCUGGGCUGUGCUGUGUCUGUAAUCAGCUGUGUCGCUGUCUUCAUUUUCCUCUGCAGGAAGAGCAGGCGGUGUAAGGAGCAGUCCAUUCCCAUCCACAUGGGCCUAGUCGUGUCACUCGGCCUCCUCAACCUGCUCUUCUUCUUCACCGGGGUCCUGGCCAACGUGGGAGGGGAGAGCCUCUGCGUCUGGGUGGGGGCGGGCCUCCACUACACGCUGCUCAGCUCCUUCACCUGGAUGGGCGUAGAGGUGUUUCACACCUUCUGGUUGGUCCACAUGGUUUUCAGCCCCUCCCCGAAGGCCUGUGUGUGGCACCUGGUCGGCUUCGCUCUCCCUGUACUGCCCGUAAUCAUCCUGGUUGCAGUGGGGGACAUUUACGGAGUGAGAGAGGUGGUGCCAAGCGAUGACGUCUACAAUCCUUAUCUGAUGUGCUGGAUGAAAGACACCCCCAAGGCCUUGCUGGCCCACUAUUUCACCAACAUGACAGCCUUGGCCGUCCUGGUGAUCUCGGGCUUAGUGAUGCUCUUCCUGGUCUACAGCAAGAUCCGCAUCAGGGAUGAAUGGAGGCAGAACCGCGUGGCUUUUCUCAGCAUCUGGGGCCUCAGCUGCCUCUUCGGGACAUCUUGGGGUCUGACCUUCUUGGACUUUGGACCCUUCUCUCACUUUAUCCUCUUCCUCUUCUGCAUCCUCAAUGCUUUUCAAGGUUUCUUCCUGAUGCUGCGGUUCUACAUGUUGGACUGGAUGCGGAAGCAGGCCGGCGGCUCGACUCUGGGCAGCACCAGCACCGGCUCCACCCGGCAGCACAUGCUACAGGCCCAGGAGAAGAGCUAGACGGGCCGCUGCAGCACCAAAGCUUUAAGGCAGUCUUCUUAUCCGCGUGGAUGAGCGCAUGCUGUGCCGCCUGAAGAGCUCUCCAUGCCCCCUGCACCUGUCCUCUCUCUGGUUGCUGAACACAAGUGCAGCUCAUGAGAGCACCACCUCAUCCACUAUGAUGCACCCAGUCAGUGUCUUGGGUGCAGAUUGUGUUUCCAGUGUUUCCUCUAAGAAAAGUUGCAAACUGAGGGGAAACACUGCUCAUCACAUGUUGGAUCCACUUUGCUUUGGUUGAUUAGAUCUUCACAUUGCUCCCAGGUGGAGCUGACUUGAAUCAACCACUGAGCCGUCAAAUUCACGUUUACCGGGACAACGGAGGAAAUGAGGCCGACAUUCAGUAAAAAAUGCGUCAAAUACCUAGACAGAGUCUAGAAGGGAGGGAAUUUAUUUAAACUGUAAACUGUAUGUAAAGCUUUAAAUGCAGACAGGAUGUUAAACGAUUACAGGUUACUGUGCUGUGAUUUGUAUUUUAUUGUCUGUAAAGAAAAUGAUCUAUAUUAUUAUUGUUGUUAAAGCACUCCUUGAACCUUAGAUAAGCUUUUUAUUUUUUUAAUUGUACUUGUAUGAUUUUUUUUAGCACUUUCGAUUUUCAAUCUUUUCAAAAAAAUAGUGAGUUGUCUUUCAUAUUGUUUUAAUACUCUUGAUAUGACAUGUGCAUGGUGGAAUAGAAUGCUGAAUGUUAAUAGAUAGAUUUUUGAUUUUUCCAGUCCAUAUUUCACACCUUCAUCCAAUUUAAAAAUCUUUUAAUUGGACCAAAAUAGGUUGGACCAAUGUGGUCCCUUUACAAUAUAGAUUUCUCUCCUGUGAUUGUAUAAUUUGGGGAAAUAUUUCAUAAGAGUUUUUGUAGAUACUGUGAUAUUUGCACUUUUUGUGAAUUUGAUGAGUCGGUAUGUUGUCAUUUAAAUGAUUGUGCAUAGUUGCUUUUUGAAAAAGAGAA